AUGUUUGUACACAAGACUGUUUCCAAUAGCAACAAAAUGUCAACAGAAAACAAGAGGAGAAAACGAAAGCGUUUGACCACGCUUCGCACAUCUUCAUACAUUCAUCAUGAAUACGCGAAUACAAGCGCUACACAUCCUUCUCCAGUUUUAACAUCCCAUUUGCCGAGGAUAUGGCAGUUUGUCGCCAGACAUGUCUUUAAAACUACAAUUAUUGCAACAAGUAUUGCUUUCUCAGUACUGCAUAAAGAUGUCACUUCAUUUCUACUCUCGGUGACAGCAUUUGCAAUACAUCGCCUGUUGUAUUCAUCUGUACCGCCAUGA